GUUUUGUAUCCGCUUGAGGGCUUUGCCCUAUGCCGGAUAAUACAUGCGCUUGUAGUGCGGAGCGGGGCGUGUAAAGAUCAUGGGCUGUCAGGUAGCAUGGAGAAAAGUGAGCGCGAGCGAGCUAUCGUGCGUGUCCCGGGGUGUCAUAUUGUGCGCGGGCGACUUUGUGGGAAGGGGCCGGGUGAGGGCGUAUUCGAGUGCUGA